ACUUUUAAAUCAUCAUGAUGUCGAUGGCACUGUCUACAAAACUAUCACCACUGGAUUGCCCCUCUUCAGCGGGCAAGACAGCAGCAGCACCAAUAGAGAUCGUGCUGUCGAGGACCAGAUUCGUCGACGCAGGGUCUGAGCAUGCACUGCAUCAGGCCUAUCUACUGGUACCUCUGGCUGUCUGCCCUGCUGGCUUCAUCGGACGAAACAAGUCGCAGGAAGCUGUACCACGUGCACUGCACUGGGACCACCUGACCAGCACGGUGACGUCGACGGAGACACCAUGGCACCCGGAUAAAAGCAGCAGCCUUUUCGACGUUACCUUCAGUGGACUUGGAAGCACUGAACGAGUACGGAUGCUGAUCAAAUUUUUUCUGAUCGCACAGCUGGACAAGUCGGAAUGGCAAUGCACCUUGGAGAACAAGACUCGAAUUGUGAAAGUCUGGUGGUUUUCACCAAGUUUCACGUCAAGAUGAGCUGACACCAUGUCACCUGAUGCUGUCACUCUCUGGUUGGACUGGCAUUUCACGACCUUCGGGAUCAGCCCACAUAUGGGGAGUGCUUAAUGCUUGCUUCACUUCUGCCUCGGGUUGGCCUGGUAUUGCAAUUUCUUCAGGAUCGGCCCAUCGUAUGAAAAAUUGUUGGUCUAUGCGCGGAUGCGAUCCGCCAGAUCCUCGCAAUAGACAGCUUCACUGUAAAAAAAAAAAGUGGUCUAGCUCAGGGCAAAUAGUCGAACAUUUUAAAAUGCGAAUAAAAAGAGAUGCAUACAAAAGCAAAUAGAGCUAUUUGUAUCAACUGAUAGCAAGCUCAUUGGUAUUAUGCCCGAACUUUGUCACAUAUCAGAUUCUCCAAGCAACUGGAAAGUCAACCUCAACUGUCCUGAGAUACUCUCAGACUGCACAUAAUGCCUCAGUGUUGCAUUUCACUGCACUGUUUAAGGGGUUUAUUUUGGUGUGGAUGUGGGUAACCUGCAUCUUAGUGUCAGCCAACACUUUGCUUUUUGAGCUCAAGCUCCUUCAAAGAGGCGGCGGCACAGUUCCUUUCCCAGUCAUUCCUCAAAGCAAUGGUCCUUCCUAUUCUUGUCCUCGUUCCACUGCGUGUUCGCCCCAUGGACCAUUUGAAGCAUCCUUUUGAUCAGUUGUACAGUCCGAUUUUUCAGAGUCCCUAAGGGCCGCUACAAUGUCCGAAAAAAAUGAAUGCAUGUCUUUUACUGCCCUUAAGGGCCCAAAUCGCCACAGGCACGUCCGAAAAAGCUCUGAAGGUCUGCCAGUACACUUAUUAGGCAUAUAGGUGCUUGCACUGUGACAGGAGACGGCAAGUGCACGUAUAUGUGCUGCGUCCCAUACACUUCACCGCGUAGCAUCACUGUGCUGAGGCAAAGCUGCCUUUCGAGGACCAGCAAUAUGCAACGCGCCGUGCUUUACGAGGAUUGCAGAGGCAGAGUGGGUACCAUUGCUGACAGCGGUGAAUUCUUUCAAUGAAAAAGACAGCACUGAAUGGCAAGAACCGUAAUAGCAUACCUAGGCCUAGCGUUCCCGCCAUGGUGAUUACAGUGGCCAGUGGAUCUGCGUGUGAGAGUGUCAAUUCAAGGUGGCGAGAUAACACGGCGGUGUUGACUUUGAUUAAUGCCAUUUCAAAUCUGCAGUUGCAGAUCAAUGGUGAAUAUCUCGGCAACAGUGGGGACAAAUUACUAGUGAUUGAGGACCUUGACCAAAAAAGAGUUAGAGUGUGUUUGAAGAUUAAUAUGCAGAAGACAAUGUUCAAGAAUUCACAUCGCCAGUCAGCCUCUAGAGUCUGUACAGGAGUAAUUUUACCUAGGUCAGUUGCUCGCAAGGGACCCUGAUCAUGAAAAGGCAAUUUACUUAAGAAUAAAAAUGGGUUGAUAUGCAUAUGGCAGGCAUUACCAAAUUAUGGCUGGGAGCUUACCACUGUCAUUGAAAAAAAAAAUUAAAUUAUGGGGUUUUACGUGCCAAAACCACUUUCUGAUUAUGAGGCACGCCGUAGUGGAGGACUCUGGAAAUUUCGACCACCUGGGGUUCUUUAACGUGCACCUAAAUCUAAGUACACGGGUGUUUUCGCAUUUCGCCCCCAUCGAAAUGCAGCCGCCGUGGCCGGGAUUCGAUCCCGCGACCUCGUGCUCAGCAGCCCAACACCAUAGUCACUGAGCAACCACGGCGGGUGUCAUUGAAAAGAAAAGUGUACAACUAUUGCAUUCUACUAGUGCUAACAUAUGAGGCACACAUUAGAAUCAGGUAAAUACCGUAAUUAAACGUUGUGAUAUAUGGUUCUUGCUUGAAAAGUUUCCUAGGGCAAGCAUAAAUGGGAGCUGUUGACACGCGAUCACACGUGUUGAAUGCAUACAUUGUUUCCUAAGCAUCGCCGAGGUAGACGUGCUGCCACUAAAGGGGUCGCUAUUGGGUUCACCAUAGGGGUCAACAGCGAGUCACUGUUCCAAGUUCAAAUUAUCCUGCGAAGGCCAAUUUUACGAUCAAAAUAAGAGAUUCGGGACUGUAGAAAUGUAUGACUGCUGGCCAAGACCUUUGGCCAGGAUUGAAUUACCCGGAGUCGAAUUAACAGAAGUCGACUGUACCAUAUAUAAGGCAGUGGACUUCGCAGCGAGAAUGUAUCUCCUACUACACAUAGCAGAAUAUUGGCAUACUGCAGUGCUCAGUGGCUGCAGAACAGUAGACUUUGAUCCCGGCUGAAAGUCCCAGCCGACACACGUGCAUUUCUAUAGGUCCAAACUUUAGUUAUUUUGAUACUAAAAUAGGCCUUCACCCAAUAAUUCCAACUUGAGCAGUCGGCAUGCAUGCCGACCCCUACAGUGAACCCAAUAAGCGACCCCUUUGGUGACACACCUCAGAGGACAGUAGAUGUGUUAAACAGACUUUAUCU